UGCGCAUGGAGAUAACCUACGCCUCCCCCAGCUCUCAGGACGUCACCUCCAUCUCUUCUUCCACAUCCGGAUUCUCAAUGCCUACAUCCGGAGGCCGACCCAUUAAGAUUAUCCCUCUGCUACACCCUAACGCGACGUCCUCCUCCUCCUCCUCCUCCUCCUCUUCUCUUGCUUCUGCUCUCUUCUCUCGCUGGGUUACUAAAAUGAAACGUAUGUCUUUAGCUCAAUGGAUCGAAACUUUCUUGCCUUGUUGCCGUUGGAUUAGGACUUAUGAAUGGCGCGAGUAUUUUCAGGUCGAUCUUAUGGCCGGCAUCACCAUCGGUAUUAUGCUCGUGCCACAGGCAAUGUCUUAUGCUAAGUUGGCUGGGCUUCAACCAAUUUACGGAUUAUAUUUAUUUGGCAAGGCAGACUGUGGUUUUGUGCCAGUUUUUGUGUAUGCCAUAUUUGGGUCAUCUCGGCAACUGGCAACUGGUCCUGUGGCAUUGGUUUCUCUCCUAGUCUCUAAUGUUUUAAGUGGAAUUGUUGAUUCAUCUGAUGAGUUAUACACAGAACUUGCAAUACUAUUGGCACUUAUGGUUGGAAUUCUGGAAUGCAUCAUGGGGCUUUUGAGGCUGGGAUGGCUUAUACGUUUCAUCAGCCACUCUGUGAUUUCUGGCUUCACAACUGCAUCAGCCAUUGUGAUUGCAUUAUCUCAAGCAAAGUACUUCUUGGGAUAUGAAGUUGUACGGAGCAGCAAGAUUGUGCCAUUAAUAAAGAGCAUAAUAUCUGGAAUGGAUAAGUUCUCGUGGCCUCCUUUUGUGAUGGGAUCUAGCAUUCUUGCUGUACUUCUGUUCAUGAAGCAUUUAGGAAAAUCAAGAAAGCAAUUCAGAUUCAUUCAAGCAGCAGGACCCCUCACUGCGGUCAUUUUGGGUACAACUUUGGUGAAAAUAUUUCACCCAUCUUCUAUUUCUUUGGUGGGAAAGAUACCCCAAGGUCUCCCAAGCUUCUCCAUUCCUAAAGAAUUUGGGUAUGCAAAAUCCUUAAUCCCAACAGCAAUGCUUAUUACUGGUGUAGCCAUAUUGGAAUCUGUGGGGAUUGCAAAAGCUUUAGCAGCGAAGAAUGGGUAUGAGCUGGAUUCAAGUCAGGAGUUGUUUGGUCUUGGUUUAGCAAAUAUCUUGGGCUCAUUCUUUUCUGCAUACCCUGCAACAGGUUCCUUUUCUAGGUCAGCUGUAAAUAAUGAAAGUGGGGCAAAAACUGGCUUAUCUGGAAUUAUUACUGGCAUCAUCAUUGGCUGUGCUCUUCUAUUCUUGACUCCAUUAUUUGAAUACAUUCCCCAGUGUUCUCUGGCUGCAAUAGUAAUCUCUGCUGUGAUGGGCCUGGUAGAUUAUGAUGAGGCUAUCUUCUUAUGGCGUGUAGAUAAGAAAGAUUUUCUUCUUUGGACCAUUACUAGUGCUACAACAUUGUUCCUAGGCAUUGAGAUUGGUGUCCUUGUUGGGGUUGGUGCAUCAAUUGCUUUUGUUAUCCAUGAAUCUGCAAAUCCACACAUUGCUGUAUUGGGCCGUCUUCCUGGUACCACUGUUUACAGAAACAUCCAGCAGUAUCCGGAAGCAUAUACUUACAACAGAAUUGUGAUGGUUCGCAUUGAUGCGCCCAUCUAUUUUGCCAAUAUAAGUUACAUAAAAGACAGACUUAGGGAAUAUGAACUCAAUGUUGACAAAUCUACACGUGGACCAGAAGUUGAAAGAAUUUAUUUUGUGAUUUUGGAGAUGUCACCUGUUACAUAUAUAGACUCCAGUGCUGUUCAAGCUUUGAAAGACUUGCAUCAGGAGUAUAAAUCACGGGAUAUCCAGAUUGCUAUUUCCAAUCCCAACCGAGAUGUUUUGCUGACCUUAUCAAAAGCUGGGGUUGUAGAGCUUAUUGGCAAGGAAUGGUACUUUGUGAGAAUGCAUGAUGCUGUUCAAGUUUGCCUUCAACAAGUUCAGAGCAUAAAGCAAGCACUGAAGCAGCCAGAUCCAUUACUUGACGAUAAACUAAGUUUCUUCCAAAGGUUAUUAGAACAAAGAGAGGAUGAUUUAUCAGCUGCGGAGUUGGAGUCAGGUGAUAAGAGACUGUUAAUUUCAAAGAAUACCGACUCUCAAUUGGAGCCAUUGUUGUCUCGGAAGUCAUCAAAUUGACUUUAUUAUAACAGCAAAUAUAAUAUGCCCAUUUUUAUCAAUGCAAUACGUAUAUAUAUGGCAUUUGAUUCUUCUAGCUGGAAAGGUUUGAUUGUUAGAUGUAAGUAUGAUCCAUUGUUGUAGCAUAUGAUUAUAAAUGUAUCAACUAUCAGUUUGAUUUUUCAAGCUAGUAAGGUUUGAUUGUUGUAGAAUGCAGUGUAGUAAUCUAUGCUAUAAAGUUUGCUUUCUGCAAUGGAAAUAGUUAUUUCUCAUU